AGAGUUUUAUUUGGUGUCGGGUCGCUGGUGUUGGUUUGAUUCUAUGUGGGGGAAUCCUCUCACUCUUUAUUGUUAUUAAAAAGAGACAUGUACUUGAAAAGUUUAUUCAAAAUGUUUUUAUAAAAGAUAACAAUAGUGACCCACCUUCUUCAAAUUUUGCAACCUCAACCAUCUUUUUAGAAAAAUAUCAAAAAAUAGAUCCUAAUGAUGUUAUCAAUAAAAAUGAAAAUAAUUCAAUAAAUGAAAAUGAAAAAAUUGAUAUAGAUUCCAACAAUAACAAUAAUGACAAUAAUAGCAACAAUAACAAUAACAACAAUGAGAAUAAUACUGAAAAUAAAAAUCAAGAUCCACAAUCUUAUCAAUUAUAA